UUGGAUGGAAGCUACGACUUGCGACAAACAAAAGUUUUAAAUUAAGCAAACAACUAUUUUAAAACAAAUUAAAUGAGCGGCAAACGAAGGUGCUGGACGCCCUCGGAAGAGGAUCGAUUUUUGCGCAUCUGGUACAGUAACCUGGGUGCAUUGCAUUGUGGAAAAAAACGAUCCGAAGUUUAUAGGGACUUGGAAGUCGAGUUCAUUAAUCAGGGAAUUGACAUAUCGGCGGCACAUAUUAAGGCUAAAAUGGAAUCAUUUAAAAGGAAAUAUUGUCAUAUUAUAAGGGAAAACAAACCAAGGAAACAAUGGAAAAACUUUGACAAAAUGGUCGCUAUAAUGGAAUAUCAGGAAGAAAUGAAGGAAACUCGAUUUGAGAGGCCAGAAGUAAGCUCAGAUAAAACUUUCAGUUCGGUCUAUGUCGACGAGGUUCCUCCAAUGUUUUUUAAUGAAGAAGAAUACUCCCAAAAUGAAGAUGACGACAUUAAGACAACCUCCUCAUCCACUAUGUCAACAGAUGGACCAUUUCCAAGAAGGACAGAGCAACGACACAGUAGAGCACAUAAUGCCAAUGCUUCAGAAUCGACUAUUUCCAACACAACUUUAGAAAAACCUAAGCAAAGACGUAGACAUUGGAUUCUGCAAGAAGAACAAGUAUUCCUGGAUGUGUGGCAAAAGUACGUUCGAGAUCUGCGAGGCGAUAGAAAAAAGUCGCAUGUAUAUAAGGACAUGGAAUUGGAGUUCCACGGCCAGGGAAUUGAAAUCAGAUAUUCUGAUGUCAAGGCGAAAAUUGAAUCGUUAACUCGUAAAUUCCGCAAAGAGAGGGAUAGCAUGGGCGCUGAUUCAGAGUGGAUUCACUAUGCUAAAAUGGCCGAACUUUUGGGCGCUUUAGAAGCCACCCAGUUUGAUCAGUACUCGGAGAACAGUGGAAGCUCUAGUUAUUUUGAUGACUCUUCUAAUUGGUUCGCUGAGGAUAUGCCUAUCUAUCCUAAAACAUGCUUGAAAUAUGAACGUACUUCGCUUGAUUACAUUGAGGGCGAGCCCCCUUCGAAGAAAUGUAAAGAGUCUGAAUCGCAUACCAACAACACAGUAGCGCAUACUGAUAAUGCUCAAGACGGAAGUAGGCUUAAAGAACCAGAAGACAUAGAAUUGGAGAUGCUGCAUGAUGACUCAAUAGAACAGCCAAACGUUGGACAACAAAGUCCAAACCAAUCGACCCGCAAAUCACAACUAACCGAACAAUUUGGUAAGUUUGUUACCAAGGAGCUGAACAUGUUAAGCGGCGAUCUGCUAAUAGAAGCUAAAAGAAGAAUCUACAAUAUUAUAUGUAUCAUGCAAAUGAAACAAAUUAAAUUGAAUAACUAA